CUAAUGACAUCUAGAGUUUGCUUACCUCCUUGAUUCUUUGCAAUGUGUCCCUGUCCAAUCGAAAUGACUACAACCAUGCUCAGUUGAACAUGUUAUCCGAACGGGCCAGAAUCAGUACAAUUGUGGGGUUGUUUGCAAAUCCAAUUCUCAGUUUUUCUGCUGUAUUCGGAAAUGACUUUUGGCGAUUUGGAUUUGAGUUAACUUUGGAUCUUGUGAACCGGAUAAUCACUAAGGCAAACACAGUUCUUAGUUUGAUCACCGAGGACACAACAACCACCUUUUCCAUUGAUAAGAAAGCAAGCUUAUUCACUGCUUCUUACUACCAGCGCUUGCACUCUAAAACAGUGUGUGGUGCUGAGGCGAAGUACAUAUUAUCUGACAAGAGCAACUCUUUCUCCAUUGGGAAGAGACAUUUAUUUGGUGAUGACGAUUUGAUCCAAGCUUUAUUGAGUGUGAGCAAUGGUGGUUCUAUGAGAGUUCUUUUUCAACAUCAUUGGACUUUGAAAUCAUUUUUCACCAUAGCUGGAGAAAGAUUGUUGAACCAUUCAAGUCAACGAUUUGGUUUAGCAGUUGAACUAUGA